AUUAUUAGCGGUUGUGCAUGCCGAAGAGCAAAUAUAGAGUCCGUAUGUAGGUACGGUCAGAUUGUCAGAGGGUCUGGCACGUGUGGCACGCACGGUUAUCAUUAGGCAAAUAAAAAGAAGAAUAUUUUAUAUUUCGAAUUUCGAAAUGUCUGAAAUGUUUGUGCCUCUAAUGUGAAUCGUAAUUUAAAUAUAGAAAAAAAAAAAAAAAUUGAAAAUGUUAUCUGUGACAUAUUUGUUUUUCGCGCCAAUAUUGUUUAGUGUUGUGACAACAAUGUAUAGUUCGAAAUCUUUGGAAGGUUAUCCUGCUGGAUAUCUUGCAGAUUGUCCCGGUUCAGAACAACCUACAACAAUCACAAAUAAAAGUCUCAAGUAUUUAACAUUCACAGUGUUAGGGAUAAAUGCGCCACCAAAAUCGAGUAGACUGAGGUACUCCUAUUAUCAAAUGAAAGAGUUGAGCGAUGAACCAACAAUGGAUUAUAGCAAGAAAACCAUGUUAUAUGUGGGUGGAUUUUUGGACAGUCCAAAUUACCCUUUCGCAACAGCCUUAGAAACGAAUUAUAGAAGACUGGGUUACAAUGUUUUGCUGGUGGAUAUGAAUAAAUUUUUCAAAGUGGAAUAUCCCGUGACCGCUCGACUCAUGCGGGCGGUUGGGAAACACAUAGGUGAAAUGUUGUCCAACUUGACUAACUACAACAUGGAAUUCGAUCCUAAGAAAUUAGAGAUAGUAGGUCUGAGUCUCGGAGGGCAGACUAUGAGUUACGUCGCAAAGACAUACAAGGCACUGACUGGGAGUACUAUAGCCAGACUGACUGCUCUGGAUCCGUCUGGACCUUGUUUCAGGAACUUAGGUCCGGAGGAUCGUUUGGAUCGAAGUGAUGCUGAUUUUGUGGAUGUAGUGGCGACUAACAUCGAUGGAUUUGGUAUGGCCGCGCCAGUAGGUCAUGUAAAUUUUUACGUCAACGGUGGAGAGUAUCAACCUGGCGAUAUAUUCUGGUUACCGUGUAACAUAUUUUGCAGUCACAUAAGAGCGUAUACGCUUUGGUUUUCAGCGUUGCAAAAUCCCGAUUCCUUUAUAGCAAUGCAGUGUGACUCAGUGCAGCAGGCCAGAGAAAGGAACUGUUAUGACCGACAACCGUUAGUGACUAAUUUACUCGGUCUUAACGUUGAUAAGACUAAACAGGGCGUGUUCUAUUUAGCAACAAGUUAUGGUUUCCCAUAUUAUAUGGGCGAGAAGGGAUUGAAAAGAAAAUAUGAAAUUUUUUCAACUAUGUUAAAAAGUAUGAAUUCGAAACUUGUAAUGACUAUUUAAAUAUAAAUAUUUAAAUGAUGGAUCAUUAGUGAAUACCCCUUUGCAAAAAAGUGGACAUUUUGCAAUAAGAUAAAAGUUAUUUUUUUUUAUUGAACAUUGAAUGGUAAGCAAACCGACGGCCCACCUAUUGGAAAGUGGUAACAAUCGCCUAUAGAUGUGAACAGCACUGUGGACACAACAAAAUACUCUGUAAUACCCAUAAUUAUCCUCGUGAAUGCGUUAGCAUUCUUCGAGAAUGCGUUUGCAUUUUUCAAGAAUGCAUUAGCAUUCUUGAGGACUAUAACCAUAUUUCUAUUAUUUAAAAUUUAUUUUAAAAUUUUUCCAAGGAAUUGAAACAUUGUUAAUUUUGUAAUUAGAGUUGCUUGUGUAAUAACUUUAGUAUUAAUUAGUAACGUUUUGUUUAUUUUAAAAAUAACAGUCACCGUAGACAACAUACGAAUCCAUAGAACCGGUUCGUUCAGCGCUCACAUAAGAAGAAACAAGUCAGUGCACGUUGCCAUCUCAUUCUAUCUUAUAGACUCGCUACAUAACGAUUCUAUCAAUAGAUUCGUUUGUACUCUGUCUAAAGGAGGCUGUUUAUACAAUUGUAACGACCACUACAGCUAUAAAAGAACGAAAUCUUGCAAACGUUAUGAAAUCACUAGGGGUGAGUAAUACAUAGGAAUAUCUAUAUAUUGUAGCUAUAAUAACUAUAUAUUGGUCCAAUAAUGAAUAUGUUGAAAGUCUGUUAUCCGAAAAUUAAUAUUGAGUAAUAGACUUUUAAGUCUAUUAUCGGUUAUUCAAUAUACAAUACCAAAAUGUAGCAGCCGAUUAAAAUUAACAUAGAUUUUCGACCGAUAUGGACGACAACUAAAAUGGGUAAUGAUUAUUUUCCCACCAUACCAAUACCAAUUUUAUUUCAUAAUCAACAAUAUAUCAGAGGAAGACUUUGUACAAAAGUCGUUUGCUUGGGCAUUUCUGUCCCAUUCGUGUUUCUAACGUGAAGCAGUUAUGUUUGCAUGGCUGUGUUUCGGUUUGAAGGGUGGGAUAUAGCGUGAAUUUACAGGGUACAGAGGAAUAACACCUGAGUCCUCAAGAAUGACAAUGCAUGGGGGGUAUCAUGGGCGAAGCAGUAUACUCGGUUAUGUUCAUGGUAUUGCUCAUGUCUGUAGAUGACGGUUACCACUUUCUGUCAGGUGGGCCGUCAGCUUCUCUGCCAUUCUAGGUUGCAUAAAAAAAAAAACAAUAAUUGUAUUCACAAUUAUGUAUAAAAAAAAUCUAUUUUUUUGCAAAGGUGUUUAUUAUGUCUGCGUUGUUAGAUAAAUGGUAAAGACUACAUUAAUUUGAUCGACCACCUACAAAAACAAUUACGUACUUAUACUAUUAAAUUUAAGUACGUCAAAUUUAAGGAUUUAUUUACUUACAAGCUAAAUGAUGUAUUACCAAAAUAUUGGUACAUUCUAGUUUCUUUUUGCGGUUCAUCAAAAACCGAUUAAAAAGAUUUACUAGAAAAGUAUUAAGUUACUACAAAAUUGUAUUGAUAAAUAAUAAACCGCAAGGCAAAUAAUGAAAUAUUAAAUUUCAAUAUUAUAAUAGGUUGAAAAAAUAUAACUUCCUGAUAGCUCAAUUAUAUAAUAUUUUUUAAACUAGUUGUUAUAUUUUAAUAUUUCUUAAUACUGAGUAUUAAAAUGAAAUUCAAAUAUGUAUUAUAUUUUUGAACAUAUCAUUAGGUACGAAAAUCUGGUCAGUUUAUAUUUAAAAUUUCAAUUAGUUUUCAUGAUACAUAAUUGUAAAUUUUUAAAACAAUGGUGUUAUUUAGAAUAAGUGUCACAUCAUAAUAAUUGAUUAAUGUCGAUAUUAAAAAAAAUAAAUUACAUUUUUAAAUAUAACUAAGCAAGUACACAAAUUUAGUUUACAUACAAAUUUAGUACAGAUGCCAUUCUAAGUUAAUAUUUUAUAAGUAUUCCUUAUUAUUUAAAUGAAGCCAAAUUGUUAAAAAUUAAGACUUAAUGAGGGGAUUAAAAGUGUGAUAGAUUGGAUAGGUAGGUAUAUAAUAUGUUUGAGUGAUAUUUAGUAAGCAUAUUCAUGAAAAUGUCAAAUUUGUAAUAAAACUAUUUUUGGGGUUCUAAUAAAAAAAAAAGUAUCGGGUAUAGGAAACUCUCUUAUUAAUAAUACAAUAAAAUUGUAUUUAUUGUUAUUAAAAAAAUGAGCGGUGACAGCCAGAAUUUUUAACAUACUGUGAUCUGUUGCAUUCGCUUUUUUUUUAAACUUCAGUGCUAAUUCCUGUCAGUGAUGGGAAUGUUAAAAUAUUAUAAUAAAAUUGUAACCAGAGUAUGUCUGUUCAUGAGAGAGGAAAAUUUAUAUGAGGGAUCUUAAUAAGAUCAAUAGAUGCGAAAAUAAUAAUUUUAUAUAAGACCAGUACCAGCUUAGAAGGGGAUACCGAAAUUUAAAAGGGGCACCAAGGUCUAAGAGAUUUUUAAUGGGUGGGAAUGGAAUGAUAACCCUGUCUGUGCUAUUAGGAUACGUUGUCGGGGCAUCAAUGAGGAUGAAAACAGAUUUGGUCCAUCGUAACGAAUUCCACAAGGAAAAUCAGUGAUAACAGUUUUUUUUUUUAAAUCGGGUUGAGUUGCUAGUAACUAUGUCAAGAGACAUAUACCUAUGGAUAUAUAUAAAUAAAAUUGGGAUAUCAAUAAACUAAACAUUAAAUAAAGGUUUUAU